AAUACAAGAUGGCAUCGAGAUGAACGUUUGUCUUGUUUGACUUGACGGAGAUUUAUUGAAAAUUACACGGUAAAAACCCACGAAAGUUCUCGACUUUUGGUGCAUAAUAACAAGAAAAAAGAAGCUAUUGACCAAAGGGUUUACAUCACUGGGCAUCAACUAGUUAAUCGAAGAUGAAGUUGGAUUCGCUCAUUUGGUGAAUGAAGUUACUCCAUUCUCUGGUAAUUAAGCUUACUUCAAAUUACAUGAAUGACGAAGAAGUUUACCACCAAUUGGAGUUUGAUUCUUUUUGAAUCAGUACACUUUAUUUGUCAAUAUUUAUUGGUGUACUAAAAAUGGAUUUUCCUAAAAACUCCAAGAAGUCCAAGAUGAAUGGUUUUCGAAAGGACCAAGAAAAUAAACUCCUGAUAUCGUAUUCCGGCGAAGAAAAGCCGACUGACUCAGAUUCCGAUCGCGUUGAACCACUAGAAUUACCUCCAACUCGACUUAGAAGACCCAAAUCUAGGAAAGUGCGUGUUUCUCCCAAUUCAAAGAGUUCGUUCUCCUUGUGGAAUUUUUGUCAAGUUUUAUUUGUUGUGGUUGUAAUUGGUUCAAUGGUGUCGAUGCUGUGGUUCACUAUCAUCCUAAAGACAUCUUUAGAGAGUAUGAAAAAAAGAGUGUCAAUUUUGGAAACAUCUGACAGAAGUACAUCCAAAGAAUGCUUGGAACAGGGGAAAGACUUACAAAAGAAAUUAGAACUAUUGAGAGGAUCCUCUUCUGGUCAUUUAGAAACAGCAGAAAAGAAUUUUCAUUUAUUAUUUAAAAGAAUCGAAGAUCUUAAUUCUACAGUGAAAUAUUUGCAGUCCAAGCUGAAAUCACCCCAGAGCAUAUCGUCAAUCAACAAUGACAUUAAGUUACUUAAAAAGGCAAUGGCAGACACCAGUAGGGAGAUUACUGAGGUCACUGAUAAGUUCAAUCGACUUAGAAAGAUUGCACUUCUACAAAAUACCAACAUUAAACACCUGAAGAUUCAAUUGUACAAUGUUUCUGUGCAAAUAGCUAAGCUAUCUGGACAACCAACUCCAAGUCCACAGUUACACACAGCCACCCAACCAUGGCUCCUUCGGGUCCCAGGUGCUGAUAGUGGUAGUCACUCUAAAACAACAUUACAUGCUGAAGAAGCUGAAAAACUGAGAUUAAACAUUACUGCUCAAGUCAGGAAGGACAUAUUAAAACUGGUCAGUUUGGUAAGAAAAUCCAACAAGACUGUUCAGAGUCAAGUUCAUGAACUGAAUGUUAGGUUGUCAGGAAUGGCCAAUAAUGUCUCAGAACACAUGGCCUUGAUUGACAGUCUGAUAAAAACAAAUGUACAACACAAUGAUAAAACUGCUAGCAAGAAGAAUAGAGUGACUUCCAUCCCAACAGAUGUUCCCAGUCAGUACAAGAACCUGACCAAGAUGGUGGCAAGCCUUAGGAAUAUGUUUGAUGAACAUCUUCAACGAUUUCAAGAAAUGGCACUAGCAGCACCACAUCAAAACCAGCGUCUUCCACUAAUGCUACUGUAGCUCCAACAACAGAAGAAGAAGAACAGACUCUGAAAGAAAACAAACGUAUGACAGAUGAACAGAUUGACCUGGAUUCAUGGAAUGAGGAUGACACAAACCAGCUACCUUAAGAUGGUGAUGUUUUUAGCGAUAAAACAAAGUAUUAAAUUGACCCUAAGUUUUGUUAGCAGAUAUACUAAAUGAACAUUUAUUCAAUUCAAAAUUUGUAAUAAAUAAUUUGUAAAUAGAUUGAUGAAAUUAAUAUCAUCCAAAUCUCAAAUGAGAUCCGAGGAUUGUGAGUGCAUCCUUGGUUCGGUGCUCUGGAAAGUGUAUACACCUAAUUCAAAAAAGGUUGUCAGCGCCAAAGGCGAUAGGCGAUAGGUCAUUCCGACAUGGAAAUGGUUUCGUUGAAUACAAAGAACAUCGAAUCGAUCAGUCUCAACACGAAGGA